CGCUGGAAAAACUACAUACCCAAUCUCGGCCAAAUAUCUCAAAAGUUGCGCGUGAAUUUGAUGUGCCUUAUCAACGGCUCCGUAGCCGCUAUCGGGGCAAAAAAUAACUAUUUGAACGUGAACCUAAUGGUCGGAAGCUUGAUCCUGCCCAAGAGAAAGCUUUAUAUUGAUUUUUUGGCUGCAAUUUCAUCAAUUCGCACCAAAACUUUUACAUUACGCACAAUUCAUCUUGGAUUCAAAUUAUCUGGCAUCUGGCCAAUAAAUCCUAAUAUUGUGUGUGAUAAUCUGGUGGAUUAUAAUCAUCCUGAAGUGCCAGAAUCCCCCUCAACCAAUUCAUCCAAUUCAACAAAUAUCAGCACACCCAAAACAAUUCAACGAUUUCAGAGACUUGAGAGCAUGCUUUUGACGUUAAACAAGGAUAUUUCUCAUCAUGAAAAUAUUGUCAAAAAGCUCUCAAAGGGGGCACAAUCAUGUGCAUAUCAGCUAGAGGAGGCACACCGAGAGAUUGAGACAUCAAAAGCUGCAACUGCUGCACGCAAUGCACGUUAUGCGAAUGUGGCGAAAAUGAAGCGGGAUAAACAAAAGCUGACUGAUUUGGAGGCAAUUGAUAAACUGCGGCCCCAGUGGAAGAAGGUUAUGAUUGAACUAAAACGGCACUGUAGGCAGUCAGGACGCCGUUCGAAGCGCUGA